GGACCUUCUAAAGAUGACCCGAAUCUGAUCUUUAGUAACUUCUCAUUGCAUGUUACACCAGUACUUUCUAACAUCAAUUUUAGUCUAGGAAAGGGAGAGUUACUAGCUGUUGCUGGUUCUACUGGAUCUGGAAAGACUUCUCUUCUAAUGAUGAUCAUGGGGGAGCUGGAACCUUCCUCAGGGAAAUAAAACACAGUGGACGAAUAUCAUUUUCUCCCCAAGUAUCCUGGAUAAUGCCUGGGACCAUAAAGGAAAACAUAGUGUUUGGAGUCUCCUAUGACCAGUACAGAUAUCUGAGUGUCAUCAAGGCUUGCCAACUGGAGGAGGACAUUGCAAAGUUUCCAGAGAAAGACAAUACCGUUCUAGGGGAAGGAGGGAUCACCCUGAGUGGAGGACAGCGGGCACGAAUCUCUCUAGCAAGAGCGGUGUACAAAGAUGCUGACCUGUACCUACUGGAUUCUCCAUUUAGUUACCUUGAUUUGUUUACAGAGAAAGAGAUAUUUGAAAGCUGUUUUUGCAAGCUAAUGGCCAACAAGACCAGAAUUCUAGUCACC